AUGUCAACUUUACAAAAGCCGCUAAUCAUCGAUACCGUUUCCCUGCCAAAAGACUCGUCAUCCUCGUUCAUCGAGAAAGAUAGGGGAAACGCAACAUGGCAUACACUCCUAUCCGCACCAGGAACUAUCAGCAACUCGUUCACCAGUGGUAUUGCGACAUGUCCUCGCAACGGCGCCUUGGCACUUCAUCGACACACGCAGGCAGAGAUAUACUACAUCCUUUCAGGCAGCGGAGAAGUAGAGGUUGAAGGGGUAAGACACUCGGUCUCGAAGGGCAACCUUGUUUGGAUACCUGGAGACGCAGAACAUGGAGUAUUUUGCGGGGGCGAUGAGCUUAAAUGGCUCUAUAUCUUCCCUGAAAGCAGUUUUGACAAUAUCGUGUAUCGGUUCAGUAGUGAGAUGGAGAACGCUGUAAAGAAAAUCAAGUCCAAGCUGUAG